AUGUCUCACUCCAGCCAGAACACUCGCAGCGGCGCCCUCACCAGGAGUACCCGGGACGACACGACCAUGACCCGGACGCGGCGCACCUACUCGCCCUCCUCCCGCUCCCGCUCCUCCUCGGCGGGUCCCCGCGGCAGCCACCACCACCGCCGGCCCAGCAUCAAGACCGCCGCCGUCUUCAUCGCCGCCGUGGCCGUCGCCUCGCUCUGCGUCCACAAGCUCUGGCCGCGCGGCACUUCGCACUCCAAGAAACAGGACUGGGACCAAUCGCUCACGCCGCCGGGCCGCCGCUCGCGCAGGCGCAACGCCAUCCGCGACCGCCAUAACGGCUACCUCGACUACGACGACCACAACGUAUUCGACCGCAACGACUACUACCGCCCCCACGACAACGUGGCCAGGGGUGCCUUGCCCAGGGGCAGGGGGGAGUCCUACUACCCGCCCCGCGUCCGUGGCGGCGACGGGCGGUCGAGGGGCUACGGCAGCGACAGCGACGGGGACUCGUACUACUCCGACGACUACUUGCCAUCCCCGAGCGAGCGCUUCUCGGGUAGGCGGGGGACGAUCGAAGGGGGAGCGGACCGGCGGGGCCGGUCACGCGGGUUUGGCGGCGCAGACGAGGAGAACGAGGUCGUUCGGUACGAGAAGCAGUCCAACAGGUCGGAGGCGGACAGGAGUCGUUUCGAGGAGGAGCGCCCGGAGCGGCCGCGGUACAACGAAGCUGUGGAAGAUUGGAGCCGGCGAGGGGGUCAACGGUAUCCUUCUCCGUCCGAGGAGCGGGGUUACCGUGGCGAGCCCGACUAUGUCGAUCGCAGGUCUCGGCGAAGGUCCGAUUACUAG